CUGUGCUUGGGGUGUUAGUUUACUUUCAAGUUGCGUAGAAGCCGUACCGUAAAGUUGGUGGCAGGUCGAGUGUAGAGCAGGAUGACAGAAGUACAGGGAACUGACAUCCCAUCGUGGAUGACCAAGGAGUAUUUUGUAGAUGCCGUAGCCCAAAAGCUCGAGCUGAAUGAAAGCGAUUUCGAAAUCAAUUCACUACACGUGAAACUUGCCACCGAAUCCGGGGAUAAUUUCGCCUCAAAGCUGUAUCGAGUGACGAUAGACGUCAGCACCACAAAUGGUUCUUCUAGAAAGGUGCCGUUGAUCGUGAAAGCCCUACCAUCUGCCGGGCUUACGGAGGAAAUGAUUCAGAUGAUGAAUGUGUUCCCGAAGGAAACUGAAAUGUACACAAAACUUUUACCGAAAUUUGAAGAUUUGUAUCGAGAGAAAGGAGUUAACAUUCGUUUUGGUCCAAAGUGUUUGAAAAGUAGUACUAAACCAACGGAUGUAUUGGUGUUGGAGGAUCUUAGUGAGGGACAAUUCAGAAUGGCCAAUCGAAGAGAGGGACUGGAUCGAUCUCACGUUGACAUAUUUUUGAAAAGAUUGGCCCAGUUACAUGCAGCUUCCGUGGUGUACCACGAGCAGCAUGGAGCUUAUAGUAACCAAUUCAAGGAGGGCAUGUACGCUGAACGGUCAGUGGCGAUGUUUGAAGCGUAUGCGAAGACUCAUAUGGAGUCGGUGACGAAAAUAAUUCGAAAAACAUGGCCGGAUGGGGAAUUCUAUGCUGACGUCAUGAAUGAUUUUGGUAUGUCCAUGUUCUACGAGAUGAUCAGAAUCACGAAGGCCGAUGCAAAUGGAUUCAACGUGCUCAACCAUGGCGAUGCCUGGUGCAAUAAUUUUAUGUUUCAGUACGGUGCGGACAAUGAUAUCGAAGAGAUAGCGUUGGUCGACUUCCAAAUGUGCGUAUGGUCGUCACCCGUCAUCGAUUUGCACUACUUCAUCUUUACCUCCCUUAAUCCAGCCAUCCGGAUACCUCAAUUGGACAACAUAAUUAGUUUCUACCACCGCAACUUGAUCGACAGCCUGAAGCUUCUUGGCUACUCCAAAAAACCUCCGACUCUCAAGGAUCUCAACUUGGACUUUGUCGAUCGAAUGCUGUAUGGAUUUUCAUCUUCCUUCUCGGUGCUACCGAUAUGUCUAAUGGAGAAGACUGAAGACGCAUCCAUUGAUACGAUGAUGUCCGACGGUGAAGCAGGUCAUAGUUUCCGGGAAAAGAUGUACGCUAAUCCAGCGCUGCUCAAACAAAUGGAAGUACUGUUACCGUUUUUCUACGAUUAUGGAGUAUUCGAUUUACGGAACAGUGGGUAUCAGUAUCCUAGUGGAGUGUCGAGUGAUUUCCUCACGUUGCCCGGAUGGAUGAGAAAAGAGUUCUUCAACGAAGUUGUGGAGAAAAAGCUCAGUGUCGAACGUGAUCAGUAUUGUAUUGAACGUAUUUGGGUAGAAAUUGCCACCCAGAAAGGUGAAAAUUAUGGUUCAAUUAUGUAUCGGGCAAAAUUGGACGUUGAUAAUAAGAUGACUAAGUCGCUGAACAAGUUCUCCGUUAUCGUAAAGACCCGUCCAACUGGAUUGGCGGCAGACUUCAGUAGCAAGUUGGAUCCCUUUUCCAAGGAAAUAGAAAUGUUCACGAAGAUUAUUCCAGCAUUCGAGGAACUGUAUAGAGAGAAAGAUUUGAAGGUUGAAAUUGGUCCUCGCUGUUUGAAAGUAUGUCGAAGAUUUCCCAGCGAUAUUAUCGUAAUGGAAGAUCUAUGUAGUGAACGUUAUAGACUUGGCAAGAAGCAGGAAGGUACUGAUCAAGAGCACGUUGAAUCGAUUAUGGAAAAGCUCGCAGAGUUUCAUGCUGCUUCGGCUGUUUACCAUGAACGGAACGGAAAUUACUCAGACUCUUUCAAAGAAGGUCUGUAUAAUAAGAGUAACCUACCUGUGAUGGAUUAUAUGUUUAGGCCAGCCUAUGAGGCAGGAUUGGAAGCGUUAAAAACAUUCCCAUUUGCAGCAGACUACAUUGAUGACCUGGAAAAACUUCGACCGGUGAUAUUCAGUAGAACGCUCGAAAACACAAUGGUCGACCCGAACGGAUUCAAUGUGCUAAACCACGGUGAUUUUUGGAUAAACAACGUGAUGUUCCAGUACGAUAGUGAGGAUCAAUUGAAGAAUUCUACACUUCUAGACUUCCAAAUGUGCUUCUACGGAUCUCCCGUUUUGGAUUUGAACUACUUCCUGUACACGUCGGUUAACUUAGAUAUCAGACUUUCCAAGCAAGCAUAUUUCAUUCGACAUUAUCACGAGAAACUCGUUGCUAGUCUAACAUUGCUAGGUUACAACAAAGGACUGCCUACUUUGAUGCAACUACAGUUUGAUUUUAAUGAUAGAAUGGUCUACGGUUCAUCGAACAUUUUCGGAAUAAUGGCUCUGAUGUACCUCGAUCCAUCAGAUGACAUCAGUAUGGAGUUGCUUCAGCAGGAUAGCGACGCUGGGAGAGAGUUCCGAAGACGCAUGUACACCAACGCGCGGUAUGUGAAGGCAAUUGAAUGUUUGCUGCCAUACUUUGCCGAAAGAGGCGCUUUCAAGGCAGAAGCGGAAGUGUGUCGUUUUGUUAAUAAAAAGGUCUAAUCAUUCCUGUGGCUGUUAGUUUUUAACAGAGUUCAUUUUGUGUAUCACAGAACUGAUUAAAAUUUGACAAA